AUGAGGGGUAAUUUUUUUGAAGGAACCAUUCCUCAAUCUUUGACUCUUUUGAAGGGCCUUCAAGAUUUAGAUUUAUCAUUCAACAACUUAUCAGGGCAAAUUCCAACUGAUCUUGAAAAACUUUUAGCAUUGCAGAGUUUGAAUUUAUCCUUCAAUAAUCUUGAAGGAGAGGUACCAAAAAAAGGAAUCUUUGGAAAUGCAAGUGCAAUUUUUGUGAAUGGAAAAGAUCAGCUUUGUGGUGGAAUUGCGGAGUUACAUAUGCCUGCAUGCACAAACCAUGGAUCUGUGAAACGAGAAAAGCCCAAUGCUUUUAGAAUAGUUUCAGCGAUAAUCGGUGUGGUUCUUGGUUUUCUUCUAAUGUCUUCCUUUCUUACUCUCUAUUGGAUAAGAAGAUUAAAAAGUAAACCUCCAUCUACACCAUUAAUCGGUGAAUGGUUCUUAAAGCUUUCUUACAAAGAUCUCUUCCAAGCUACUGGAGGAUUUUCUUCAGCUAAUUUCAUAGGUUCAGGUAGUUUUGGCUCUAUAUACAAAGGGGUUAUCAACCAAGGUGAAAACAUUGUUGCAAUCAAGGUACUCAACCUUCAAAAUCCAAUAGUCAACAAGAGCUUUAUAGCUGAAUGCAAAGCAUUAAGAAACAUCCGACAUCGAAAUCUUGUCAAGAUUUUAACUUUAUGUUCAAGUGUUGAUUUAGACGGCAAAGAUUUCAAAGCCCUUGUUUAUGAGUUCAUGCCCAAUGGGAGUCUAGAUGAUUGGUUGCAUCUGUCGGUGGAGCCACAUAAUCAUUCAAGAAGUUUAAACUUUCUUCAAAGAUUAAACAUCGCAAUAGAUGUGGCUUCUGCUUUGGAUUACCUUCAUUAUAACUGUUAUGCGCCAAUUGUUCAUUGUGACUUGAAGCCGAGCAAUGUUCUACUUGACAGAGAUAUGACUGCACACGUCAGUGAUUUUGGUUUGGCGAGGCUACUUUUAGAACCUGAUGACAAUUCAUCCCAAACUCAAUCUAGUACCAUUGGGAUAAAAGGAUCUAUUGGCUAUGCUGCUCCAGAAUAUGGAAUGGGUGGAAGGGCAACUAUCCAAGGGGACGUGUUUAGCUAUGGGAUCCUUUUAUUGGAGAUGUUCACAGGAAUAAGGCCAACAGAUCAGAUGUUUAAUAAUGACUUAAAUCUCCAUAACUUUGCAAAAGCAGCUUUACCUGUACACGUGAUGCAAAUUUUAGAUCCAACAAUCCUACCCAAGGAAGAACAAAGUGAAGAAAUUGAAGAUAUUGUUAUCAAUAGGAUUGAAGGUCCUAGUCAUAGGACAGAUCAAUUGCAAUAUUGCAUAAUGUCAAUAAUCGACAUUGCCGUCCAGUGCUCCAUGGAAUCGCCAAGAGAACGUAUGAACAUGAAUGAUGUUGUGAGAGUACUACAUUUAAUCAAAAGGAAAAUUUCUUGAAGCAAGAAUCAAUCAAUUCAGAGCAACUAUGCUUGAUUAGAAGGUGAUUCUAAAU